UCUACAACAGUCGUCCAUUGUAAGUGGCAUAAAGAACAUCACAGAAAGAUCUCAGAAAAAAACGUAUAUUCUCUUGAGUUGUUGUUGUUUUUUAUAGUGGGAGCGUGUGUGUGUGUUUUUUGUAAAAAAAAAAUAAAUAAUUAAAAAAUCAAAAAAAAAAACAUGAAAUUCAUUACCGCUGCUAUUAUUAUGGCUGGUCUAAUAAUAAAUGCUGUGGCAGAUGUUCGCUAUCGCGGCAAUGCUGUACAUCCAGAUUAUCCCAACCAAUGUUACUAUGAGGACUUGAAACAGCCCAUACCCAAAAAUCAAUCCUUUUCGCCCAUUAAUUUGGAGGAUCAUUGUGAACGUAUCUUCUGUCGUUCCGACUAUGUUCUCGUCAUGGAAUAUUGCGGUCGCCAUAAUUUGGCGCCCAAUGCCACAUGUAGCAUUCGCAGUGAUUCCCGCCAACCCUAUCCCGGUUGUUGUCCCACUUUGGCAUGCGAAAAUGAAAGCAAUUUUAUUUAGAGAGAGUGUUUAGGCAUUUUGUAAAAAAAUAAUGAAUGAAUUAUUUAAAAUGGGGCCACACAUUCUCAUAUCCACACCUUCCCCCCCCACUUAACCAAAGAUUGUGAAAAAAAAUGGAAAAAAAUAUGUUUAUGACAAAUUGUUGAAAGAAAAUGGAAAUCUGUUGUUAUUAAAAAAAAAAUCCAUAAAUCGA